GAACGAGAAAAGAAUGCUGGAGUCGGAUGCCACGGAUGGAACGAAAAUUCGUUCCGACAUGAGAUUCCGGAUACCAAUGAUGAUGCAAGAYAUACGAUACGUACCGGUACUCGUACUMCAGUAUCAUCUCUCACUUCGGCGACAGACAGAGUACCGUWAUCGSUAGUACAGACCGUUGCCAAAAUGACCCUGUCGGAAUCGGAAUAUGCAAGCAAAUCGGACAACGAGCUCUUCCAGGCCAUCAAGGUCCAGCRAUGGCCCCUGGUAGAAAAGCUGCUKGAGGAGGAGCCCCACCUGGCGGCGGAACCCGACGAGCACGAAAACAUGCCCCUCCACAGCGCGAUUGGGUUCAGGUGCCCCGAUCCCCUGCUGCUGAAACUCCUGGACGCCUAUCCUGAUGCCUGCAGGAGGCACGGAACUGACGACUGGCUCCCGCUUCACGUGGCGGCGAUGUGGGGGGUAUCGACCGGGGUGAUGGAGGCGCUGAUACUCGCCCAUCCGGAGGGGCUGGACGAUUCCGGUCAAGACUCGAACAAGGGRCGGACUCCGCGUCACUUUAGCGGACGAUUCGAACACAACCGGGAGCUGUUGGAGCGGAGCACGGAAGACUGGAAAAAAAUGCCAAAGAGGUGACCCUGUUGCUGUGCUUCUAAAUCUCUUGUAGUAACRUAAUCUUUUA